CUCAAACCCCCAACUUUCCUCACCCCUAGGCGCUGGCGGUGCUGCAUUCCCGAACUAACGAAGUCAAUCGGCGGCGGCGCGGCGCCUGCACGUCGACGGCUGCCUUCUCAAGCGCGGAGCCUGCACAUCGGCGGCUGACUUGACCCGCGUACGCCCCACCUUCCUAGCUUCUCCUGCCCCGCUUCAUCCACCCCGCUGCUCGGCUGCGCCGUCCUGCCCCGCGACGCCGGAGAACUCCGGCGGUUGCCUCUCUUGCUCCCGCACGCCGCACCAGCCUAAGCUCUGCCGGCUGACUGAGGCAAGCUUCCCCUCCUCUUUCCGCCGAGGAGGAGAUGGCGCCACUCGCACCCAAGCGCCGCAAGGCAGCACCUUCCCCUUCUCCUCCCCUUUCGGAGGCUUCUUCCGACUCCGGCAGCGACUCCGACCUCAACCUCCACGACAACUCCGACCCAGAGGACGGCUUCUUCCCCGCAGGGAGCGCUGCCAAUGACGGCGACCAAGAUUUCUCUGACAGCGACGAGGAGAGCGACCAUGAGGAGGAGAGCGACCAUGAAGAGGAGGAUGAUGGUGAGCUGGGGGAGCUCGAGGAGGAGUAUCGCACCCUCCAGGCCAAUCAACAAAGCAUUCUUCAGACCUUGAAACAGCACAGGGAUGAUGAUGUCUCGAGAGGCCAGGCAGUCAAAAACCAAAAGGCGCUAUGGGAUAAGACCCUGGAAAUGAGAUUCUUGCUGCAAAAGGCAUUUACCACUUCAAACAAGCUUCCCAAGGAUCCCACCAAGUCAAGGUUCUGCAGUCACGAUAAGGAGAUAGAGCAAGCAUACGUUGAUCUGUUGGACUCGUCGAAACAGACUCUUGGCUCCAUGCUUGAGCUGCAGGAGGCUUUACUAGAGCGGAACCAGGCCGCAAAGGGUGUGAAAGAUGCUUUGCCUAAUUCAACUGGAGAGAAUGACGAGUGGUUGCAAAUGCAGAAAGUGCAGACAAGAAUAACCCUGUUCAGAAAUACUGAGAUAGAUAAAUGGCAGAGGAAAACACAGGUCACAACUGGCGCUGCUGCACUGAAAGGAAAGUUGCACGCAUUUAAUCAGAACAUAAGUGACCAAGUUGCUGGUUAUAUGAGGGACCCAAGCAGGAUGAUUAACAGGAUGUACCUGCGGAAAUCUGAUGUUGGUGUAUUUGGGGAGAGUGCAGCACAGCCUGCUACUGCUGUUGAGGGCAAAGAUGUGGAAGGUGAUCCUGAACUCAUCGAUGAUUCUGAAUUUUAUCAUCAACUUCUCAAGGAGUUUCUCGAGUCAUGUGAUACGGGGGCAUCUGAAUCCGCAUUUUAUGCUCUGAGGAAGAAGCAGCACAAGAAGAGAAAACUUGUUGACCGCCGUGCUUCGAAGAGCAGAAAGAUAAGGUACAGUGUCCACGAGAAGAUUGCUAAUUUCAUGGCCCCGGUACCGAUGACAGUUCCUCCGAUGGCUUCAAAAUUGUUUGAGAAUUUAUUUGGAAUGGGCAACCAAAAGGCCCCUGCGGUCUGAUUUAAGAAACGAUUCAAAAAUUUGACAUCAGAAGAAGAUUUAGCUAUUCCUUCUUACGUACUUCCUCCGUUCCACAAUAUAAGAUCAUUUUUCAACCUAUGUUAGCUUGAAAAACGUUCUUAUAUUGUGGGACGGAGGGAGAAGUUUUAAACUGUAAUAUGUGAUGGCCUUACUGCUAGAAGAGCAGUGAAGCAAAAUUGUUGUAUCUUUGGGCCUAGAAAGCGCAUUUCUAUUUUA